AUGGAAAAGAAAACCAAAUACAUAACUGUGCCAUGGAAUGAUAAACAGAAGAGAGGCGCCGUGAGGAUGGAGGGAGAACCGGAGUGGAUCAGCCGAAUGGCGGAGGACCAGGUCAUUAUCAGACAGUCCAGUGGGGAGGAGGCAGAUAGGUCCUCCAGUGAGGGGGGUCCCGAGGACGAAUCGCCUGGAGUAAUUCAUUUCGAUGAUGAUAAGUUUGGAAAUGUGACAGUGUAUAACAAUUUUUCCCGGCAUCACAUUGCGGAUAAAUCCGUUAAUUCAGAAUACUUGAAUACGGGCAGCAAAUAUAAAGUGAACGGACACACUUCUGCAGGUCUUCAUCACAGUAGUCAGUCACAUAAAGUGCAUUAUGCGGACAAUGUGGGAAUUAUUUCAAAAAACUCUCCUCCCAGUUCGAUUAAUGAGCUGGAUAAAAAGACACAAAAAGAAAUAAGACGGAGAAGGCGCCGUCGGAUUUGUACAGUUAUUCUCCUCUUACUCCUGGCUUUGAUCAUCGGGUUCGGGAUCGGACUCCUAGUGUACUUUUUGCUUCUGAAUGAAGGAACAGGCAAUACUUUACAAGAAGCUCAAAAAGAUUCCGUCAUAGUGAAACUAACAUUACCAAUUCUAAAUGAAACGUUUACAUCAGAAAUGGAAGACAUCAAUUCGGACGAUUUUCGGCGAAUAUCAAAACCGCUGUGUGAGGAGAUGAAAUUUUAUUUUCAACACGAAAGUGGAUUUGUAAUGUGCAACGUCCAAACAAUAAGAAAUGUGACAAGAUCUAUAGAGUGUAAAUGCAAGUCUACUACACAUAAAACUGGUCGUCCAUCUUUGGAAGUAGGCGUGGAUCUAACGUUUCUGGAGUCAAUGCGAGGAGAGGAUAUUCUAAAAAUACUUGACACAAAGGCCAAAAAAUUGUAUUUUAAUGGAUUUGAGGUCGUCUUAAUAAGAAAUUUUAUCGUGGAUAUUAAAGGAAAUGGUCAAAAUGAUGCUUGUUUACCGUCGCCAUGUCAGAACAAUGGAAUCUGCUCAACUACUGACGACGGAGACCUUAACUGCUCAUGUCCUAGUGGAUGGACAGGAACUCGAUGUGAAAUUGACGUCAACACCUGCUUACAAUUCCCUUGCGGAAACAAUGGCGCCUGUCAGGAAAAGCUUGGAGAGGAUUCUUGUAUCUGCAAACGAGGCUGGAACGGGCGGCAAUGUGAAAUAGACGUUGACGAGUGCGUGGACAUUCCCUGUAAGAACGGCGGGACUUGUGUCAAUACGGACGGCUCGUUUUACUGCACGUGUCCUGCUUCAUGGGAGGGGACCUUCUGUGAUAUAGAUAUCGAUGAUUGUAAAAGAUUCCCCUGCCAACAUGGCGGAACCUGCACAAAUGACAUCGGAUUUUAUAAUUGUACCUGUAUACCCGGAUGGACAGGAAAAAACUGUGAUCAAGACGUUGAUGAAUGCGGUCUGACCCCGUGUCGUAAUGGGGGAACGUGUGUCAACACACCUGGGUCAUACCUUUGUACAUGUGACUCGGGAUGGCUCGGUAAACACUGUGACGUUGACGUUGACGAAUGUGUGAAUUUUCCUUGUCAACGAGGUGGAAUUUGUCGAAAUACAAAUGGCUCCUACAGUUGCGCAUGUCCAGAAGGAUGGAAUGGUCCAAACUGCGAAUAUGAUAUAAAUGAAUGUCAGUCUAACCCGUGUAUAAAUGGGGGUUUCUGUGAGAAUACCAACGGAUUCUAUCAGUGCCGCUGUGCUGAAGGAUGGAUGGGUCAAAACUGUCAUAUAGAUGUUGACGAGUGCCUCCAGUUUCCCUGUCAACACGGCGGACUGUGCCGGAAUCUUAAUGGGUCCUACUUCUGUGACUGUCCGGCGGGAUGGAUUGGCCCGCACUGUCAAUUUGACGUCGACGAAUGCUUGCGGUCUCCAUGCUCAAACAAAGCUGUUUGUGUCAAUGAUAACGGAUCCUAUCGCUGUGUUUGCCCUAAUGGGCUCACAGGACAAAACUGUGACUUCGAUAUCAAUGAAUGUGUCUCCUCCCCUUGCCAACACAAUGGAACAUGUACAAAUACAGUUGGAUCCUAUUCUUGUGCAUGUUUAACAGGGUUUGCUGGAAAACACUGUGAAAAUGAGUUGUCCAGUUGUUUGUCUCUUACCUGUUAUAACGGUGGCACGUGUCAGGAGUCCGCGGGACAAGAUACCUGUAAAUGUUUACCUGGCUGGACCGGAAACCAAUGCCAAUACGACGUCAAUGAAUGCCAGCAAAAUCCUUGCCAUAAUGGAGGAAUAUGUAACAAUAUUUUGGGAUCAUAUACUUGUACAUGUGCUGUUGGUUUUCAAGGAACCGACUGUGUUCAAGAUGUGAAUGAAUGCCUCCAGAACCCCUGCUCCAACAGUCUCACUUGUCAGAACAUCCCUGGCAGCUAUACAUGUGUCUGUAACCCCGGAUGGACAGGUCAAAACUGUGACAUUGAUAUAAAUGAAUGUCUAUUGAAUCCCUGCCAAAAUCUGAGUCCCUGUACCAACUCCCCUGGUUCCUACACGUGUUCAUGUUCUCCACAAUGGACGGGACAGGAUUGUAAUAUCGAUGUUAAUGAAUGUUUGUACCUACCUUGCCAUCACGGAAGUAGAUGUGACAACUUUCAAGGGGGAUAUGUGUGCUCUUGCAAAAAUGGUUGGACAGGAACAAACUGUGAUAUUGAUGUUAAUGAAUGUGCAACGUCUCCUUGCACUAAUGGCGCUCAGUGUGUUAAUCUGGACGGUUCCUAUGUCUGUAACUGCCCAGUUGGAUGGACAGGCCCGUUGUGUGAUAGAGACAUCAACGAAUGUGACCAGAAUCCUUGUCAACACGCCAGUGGGUGUGUCAAUCACCUUGGUAACUACAGCUGUCAAUCUUUAAGUAACUGGUGUUUUUUUUUAGAUAUAGACGAAUGUUUAGCGUCCCCUUGCCAGAAUGGCGGGGUUUGUUUGAACACAGACGGAUCGUAUAGAUGUUCCUGUAAAAGCGAGUUCACAGGUCAACACUGUGAACAAGACUUAAAUGAAUGUCAGAACAAUCCGUGUCAGAAUGGGGUUUGCCUGAACACAAAUGGAGGAUUUUUUUUCUACGCAAAAAGUCGCUGUGAUAUUGAUGUUAAUGAGUGUUUGACAACACCUUGUGUGCACGGUUCAUGCAAUAAUAACAUUGGGUCAUACACGUGUCAGUGCAACUCAGGGUGGACGGGAUCUAAUUGUGAUAUCGAUAUAAAUGAAUGUAACAAUUUUCCUUGUGUCAACGGUACAUGUACUAACACCCAGGGGUCGUAUCAGUGUAAUUGUCACAGUGGUUGGAGGGGAAUCAACUGUGAUAUAAAUAUAAACGAGUGUACGUCUGGACCAUGUCAGAAUGGUGGAUUCUGUCAGGAUUUACCUGGCUCCUACAUCUGUAAUUGUCCAACAGAGUGGACGGGACAAUACUGUCAUCUCGAUGUGGAUGAGUGUCAGUAUAGUCCUUGUCAACAUAGCUCUUCUUGUUUGAACAUUCCUGGAAGUUACAGAUGUGAUUGUACUCAGGGUAGGACGGGUCAAAACUGUGAAAGUGACGUGAAUGAGUGUGAACAGUUUGUUUGUCAAAAUGGAGGAUCCUGUUCCAACAUAAAUGGUUCCUACGCGUGUCAGUGUACCGCUGGGUGGACGGGAUCGCGUUGUGAACAAGAUAGAAACGAAUGUGCUGAAGGAUUAUGUCUGAAUAAUGCUCAAUGUUUCAACACCGAUGGAUCUUACGUCUGUAUUUGUCCAAAGGAAUGGCAAGGCCGGAAUUGUGAAACUGAUGUAGACGAAUGUUUGACUUCACCUUGUCUAAAUGGUGCCACCUGCCAAAAUCUUCCCGGGUCAUAUGUCUGUCAGUGUGCACAAGGAUGGACGGGACAGCUCUGUCAACAGGAUGUUGAUGACUGUUUAAGUUCACCGUGCCAGAAUGGUGGUCUAUGUCAAAAUUCACAAGGAACUUAUUCUUGCACAUGUAGAAAUGGUUGGACUGGUAUUCAUUGUGAAACUGAUAUCAAUGAAUGUCUCGUGAACAACAUAUGCCAAAAUGGAGGCUUUUGUAUCAAUUUAGCCGGCUCAUAUCAAUGCCAGUGUCCCUCGCAAUGGACUGGAAAUAAUUGUGAAAUUGAUGUCAAUGAGUGUUCCAAUAGUCCCUGUCUACACGGAUCAGUAUGUACCAAUACUAACGGAUCAUAUUCCUGUGACUGUCGACCAGGUUGGGCUGGAAUACAUUGUGAAUCGGAUAUCAAUGAAUGUAACAUUCCAGACCAAUGUCAAAAUGGUGGAACGUGUUUUAAUACUGAAGGCUCUUUUACCUGCAAAUGUGUUCAAGGGUGGAUUGGUGAAAGAUGUCAGAAUGAUGUCGAAGAAUGUCUUUCUCGUCCAUGUAUUCAUGGUGGGACCUGCAUUAAUACUGCAGGGUCUUAUCAGUGUCAAUGUCUACCAGGGUGGACAGGGUCUAAUUGUGAACAAGAUGUAAACGAAUGUGUGAGUCAGUCAACUUGCUAUAAUGGCGGACUUUGCACCAAUACCCAGGGUUCCUUUUUCUGUACCUGUACUGCUGGUUGGACCGGAAAUGACUGCAGUCUGAAUAUUAAUGAAUGCUUACUGAAUCCUUGCCUGCACAAUUCGACAUGUGUGGACGUGGAUGGUUACUAUAAAUGUCAGUGUACUAAUGGAUACGCUGGGUAUAAUUGUGAAUUGGACAGGAAUGAAUGUGACAAUAAUCCUUGUCUUCAUCAGUCCACCUGUAUUAACCUGAUGGGAUCCUACAUGUGUAUUUGUCAAGCUGGAUGGACUGGGCAAAAUUGUCAACUGGACAGAGACGAGUGCAGUGGUAACCCUUGUCAGAAUGGAGGGACUUGUAUCAAUAGUAAUGGAUCGUAUCAGUGCAGCUGUGCUCCAGGCUGGACGGGAAUUAACUGUACUAAAGAUGUAGAUGAGUGUCAAGCAAACCCUUGUCGAAAUGGAGGGACUUGCCUGAAUACGUAUGGGUCGUAUAUGUGUUCGUGUUCUUUAGGAUGGACUGGCACCAACUGUGAAAAUCAAUUCCUUGUUUGUCUGCCUGAUACUUGUUUGAAUGUCAAGCAAACUGUCCUUGUCAGAAAUGUGAAAGAGAACCAGAAAUGUGAAAGAGACAUCAACGAAUGUUUAGAGCCUCUGGCUUGUGUUCACGGCACAUGCACCAAUGGUUAUGGUUCGUUUGUUUGCCAGUGUGAACAAGGAUGGUCUGAUGUUAACUGUGACAUUGAUGUUAAUGAAUGCUUGUCAACGCCUUGUAAAAAUGGAGGAACGUGCCUAAAUAUGGCGGGUUCCUAUUCAUGUGCUUGUGCUCAGGGAUGGAGAGGUCGAAAUUGUACAGAAGAUAUAGAUGAAUGUGCCACAUCGCCUUGUGUCCAUGGCUCCUGCAGCAAUCUACCUGGAACCUUUCAAUGUAUAUGUGAUAAAGGAUGGACGGGACGUUAUUGUGACCAAGACGUGAAUGAAUGUCUGGUGAACCCGUGUCAGAACGGAGGGACUUGCCUGGAUAACUCCGGAUCACACAGCUGUGUCUGUUUGCCGGGAUGGACGGGACAAAACUGUACUCAAGACGUUAAUGAGUGUCUGGCAUCGCCGUGUGUACAUGGUUCCUGCAGCAACUUGCCUGGAUCCUUCCUGUGUAGCUGUGAGGCUGGGUGGACGGGAACCUUGUGUGAUAGGGAUAUCAAUGAGUGUGCGAAUUCCCCUUGUGUCAAUGGUGUUUGCAGGAAUUCUGUUGGAUCUUUUCAAUGUCAAUGUAACACGGGCUGGACUGGUGUACUGUGUGAUCAAGAUAUAAAUGAAUGUUUAACUACUUCUUGUGUACAUGGUACCUGUACCAAUAUACAAGGGUCAUUCCAGUGCUCUUGUGAGCCAGGAUGGACAGGCAGUUUGUGUGACCAAGAUAUAAAUGAAUGUUUGAGUACUCCGUGUGUACAUGGUACCUGUACGAAUACCCAGGGAUCAUUCCGCUGCUCCUGUGAACCAGGCUGGACAGGGUCUCUGUGUGACCAAGAUAUAAAUGAAUGUUUAAACAAUCCAUGUGUCCAUGGCACGUGUACAAAUACGCUUGGAUCAUUUCAAUGUUCUUGUGAACAAGGGUGGACGGGAUCGUUAUGCGAUCAAGAUAUCAAUGAAUGUUUACAAUCACCAUGUAAACAUGGACAGUGCAGCAACACUCUAGGAUCGUUUACCUGUACUUGUGAUGCAGGAUGGACAGGAAAUCUUUGUGACACAGAUAUCAAUGAGUGCCUAUCUACACCUUGUAAUAAUGGCGUCUGUACGAACACUGACGGAUCCUUCCGCUGUACGUGUAAUCAAGGAUGGCAAGGGACUCUAUGUGAUCAAGACAUUGAUCACUGUUCCAAUAACCCUUGUGUCCAUGGUACCUGUACGGACACAGGUUCUUCAUAUAGAUGUACGUGUGACCCUGGCUGGACGGGGCAAAACUGUGAUCAAGAUAUAAAUGAAUGUGUUACGUUAGCACCAUGUGCUAAUGGAGGAACAUGUACCAAUGUUGACGGAACAUUCUUAUGCACGUGUCCAAUAGGAUGGACGGGUUUAACUUGUAGGACAGACGUUGAUGAGUGUUUUAAUUCUCCUUGUCUCCAUGGCAACUGCUCCAAUGUUUUUGGCUCUUAUUCGUGUUUGUGUGAGGCAGGGUGGACAGGGACCAAUUGUAGUCAAGAUGUGGACGAAUGCCUCCAGUUACCAUGUGUCAACAAUGGAACUUGUGUCAAUACUGCUGGAUCUUUCUACUGUCAAUGCCCUGUUGGUCUGUCAGGGGAGAAAUGUGACUUAGUUGAUAUUACAGAUAUCACUCUGACAUUUGAUAUCGUCAAUUUCCCGUGGGUGGACGAUUUGGCAGAUAAUUCUUCAAUAAUUUACCAAAGCUACGCUGGAAGGUUCUGUCGAGAUGUAGAUAUCAUAUUCGCUUUCCGAGCUGCCGACUACCCUGGUUAUUUGUAUUGUAAAGUAUUGUCCUUUGGGAAAGACCCCCUGAACAUAUCGGUAGUCCUUACACUGGGAGGGCAUGACUACACCUCUGGAUUCGAUGUACAACUGAGAGACGCAAUAUUUGAAACGACUCGGGAAUACAGAUAUCUCAACUAUAUUGUCCAUUUAAUCGGAGAUAUACUCAUCGUAUCAGGCAGAAUAGCUCACGAUUCAUGGCUUACGAAUAUGACGAUGUAUAUAUACGAUGACUUCCGAUACAUACCCGAAUACUCGAAUAGUAAUUCGACUGAAUUUAAGAAUUUUGAAAGCUCAUUUUGCAAUGAUAUUGACUCAUUCUUUCAAAACAGUAAUUUAUCGUCUCGAUAUUAUCGCUGUUUCUUUGAUCAUAUUGGGUCUGUUGCACCACAUACUUUGACCUUCAUAAUGGUCUUCAAUGGAACUGACACAGUGUCACGUGACAUGACAACGAACGUGAUCAGUGUUGGAGCUCCACAUUACAACGUGGAGAAUUUGGAUCUGAUGUUCAUCGGUUCUCAGUUUGUCUAUCUGCAUCGUGGAUACAACAACAUCGCCAUUAAUAUAACCGAUUUUACAACAACCUCUGCUCCCAUAACAACGGAAAGUCCUCUGAAAACAUUGAUAAACAUCACCUUUGUGUUAAAAAAUCUGACAUACACGCAACAGUUAGCAAACUCAGAAUCCCAGGAGUUCAAGGCAUUGGCAUUCCCCUUCUGCCAAUAUUUAACCGAUCUUUAUUCCACUCGAGACCGAUUUAAGAAUAUUUACGAACUGUGUCAAGUAAUGGCUUUUAUCCAAGAAAAUGGAAGAGAUAAGAUCAAUUUUAUCCUGCAGUUUAAGGGUGCACAAGAUCCUACUCUUCAGGAAUUUAUAUACGGGAUUUUGAUAGAGAAUGCCCCCAGAGCUAUAGUAAAUGGGGAGAUCUCAAUAAUUGUUGGUCCACUGGCUGUGUUUGAUGACUCCCUGGCCAUUAAUCAGGCCACAGUUACUUACUCACUGCCACCAGAAAACGAUACAGAAUCAUAAUGAAUAACCUGUUCAGACCUUACAAAUAAUUAAAGGUCCAAACAUGACCUCCCCGUGCCCGAAAACUGUCACAAGUUCUAUAAAUGCUCCUUUGGAAUCUCUUACCUGUUUGAAUGUCCGGGAAACACCGUAUUUUUUCCGGACAGAAACCAAUGUGAUAACAACGAUGGGUCAAUAAAAUGUUAACCGGGAAAAGAAGAUUUUUUUGUUUGAGAAAUCCAGAUUCAUAGACUCAUUUUUGUGUAUUUAUUUAACCUUUCAUGUUUAUUUCAUCGCAUCAUGAUUUUUUGUCAUAAUAUGAAAUUAAAUCAAUUAUUGUUAUUAUUUGCAAUUGUG